AUGCCGCGACCAGUUCUUAUUCUCGGCACAAUCGUUCACUCCCUUUCCUUGACCAGCCUCGAAAUCCUCGAAAAUGCCGCAAUGGCCGUCGACGCAACCGGCCGAAUCGCGUUCCUCGAGCGAGAUCUCGCAGAAGAGGAGGUCAUGACACGAUGGGAAGCCCUUCAAGGUGCUGACAUGAAUGGAGAAGUUGUCCGCUUGAGAGGAGAUCAAUACCUAUUCCCUGGAUUCAUCGAUACGCACAUCCACGCCCCGCAAUAUCCAAAUGCGGGAAUAGGACUCGAUCUCCCCCUUCUCGACUGGCUAAAUAAAUACACCUUUCCGACCGAAUCCAAGUUCAGCUCCCAAGACUUCGCUCGCACCAUCUAUCCCCUCAUCGUCCGCGCUACUCUCUGCAACGGGACCACAACAGCAGCAUAUUACGCCACUAUCCACCGUGAAGCUACCAGAGUACUGGCGGAAGUGUGUCAGGAGAUGGGACAAAGAUCUUUCGUGGGCAAGGUUUGCAUGGAUGCAAAUUCGCCAGAUUACUACAUCGAGGCAUCGGCAGAACAGUCUCUGGCCGACACCAGAGCCGCCAUCCAAGACAUCCGGUCCCUCGACCCGGAGGGAGUAUUGGUACGACCAAUCAUCACUCCACGCUUCGCGCCCUCAUGUACACCCUCCCUCCUCUCCUCCCUUGGCCAACUCUCACUCGAGGAGAACUUGCGGGUACAAACUCACAUGUCUGAAAACACCUCCGAACUGGACCUCGUCCGCGAUACUUUCCCUGAACAACCUGACUACGCCUCGGUUUACGACGCACACUCUCUCCUCCACGAUCGCACGGUUUUGGCACAUUGCAUCCAUUUGAGUCAACGUGAGAUCGAUUUGAUGAAGGCCAGAAGAUCGGGAGUGGCGCAUUGUCCAACAUCGAAUUGUGCGUUGGGGAGUGGUAUGUGUCAGGUACGACGACUAUUGGAUGCGGGCAUCGAGGUUGGAUUGGGGACAGAUGUUAGUGGCGGAUACUCGGUCUCCAUCCUCUCGACAAUCCGAGACGCAACUUCCGUCUCCAGACUCGCAGGAUUCGUAAACGACGAUCGUAAGGAUCAGUUGUCAUUGUCGGAAGUAAUACAUCUCGCGACCCUUGGCGGAGCGAAAGUCCUUUCCAUCGAAGAGGAAACAGGAAAUUUCAUCCCUGGAAAAUGGUUCGACGCACUACUUGUUGACCUUUCUCCUUCCUCCCGUAGCAACGUCCAGAUAUUCGACGAUGAGGAUACAGCGACGAGACUUUCAAAAUGGGUGUUCUGUGGGGAUGAUCGGAAUUUGGGGAGGGUGUGGGUUGGGGGGAGGAGUGUUGUGAAAGGUGGGGAGGUGGAGGUGGAGGUGGGGAUUACUGGUGGAGAGAAGAAGAGCAAGGAAGUGGUCAAUGGGAUCUAG